AUGUACAGCUCUCCUGUCGCUGCGGGGAAGUCAUUUAGCAGUCUCGAUGCAGCUGUCUUCUGCGACGGUGCUGCCACAGGAAUUUUUACGGCACAGAAUUCGAUGAUUCCGUCCAGCGCGACGAGUGUCCAUACACCAUCUACCAGGCCCGAAUCAGGAGGGGCAGUGGAAGUCUCCGCGCUUGGUUCCCUUCAGGCUACAUCCGCUUCCCCAGCUGCGGCAGAUACAAGCAGCAGUGUUGAAUUUGCGCGUCGAUUAGAGCAGCAUGCAAGCUGCCUGGAUCUCUUAGAACUGGGUUCUUCCGCCUUCAGAAGCUCCCUGUGCAGCCCUUUGCUUUUCAAGGAAUUCUGCUGCCGAUGUUGUCUCGCACUGCAGACACUUGCGAGCUGUUGCUGCCAGACACCACAGCAGCCGCAGCAAAAAAGAGACGAAAGCGAGAGACAGCAGCCCUCUGCUGCUGCUGCUGCGUUACACGCAAAAACACACAGCAGUUUCAAUGCUCUCGAUGGAACGGCAAAGGAUGCUCUGCGAGAUUUCUCCACCACAAGCGGCAGCAGCAACGUGCAACAGACGCUUCUUUGGAAGCUGCUCUGCACGGAGGAGCUGUGGCAGUCGUGGAAGCGGCGCAGCAGCUUCGAGGGAGCCCUCUUGCCACGUUCUUCUGACGCUUUAACUCCAUAUGUUGCGAAUUCGAGAUCUCCACCAGGCGUUCUCAGCAAAGCACCCUGUGAGAGCAGUCCGAUGGCUGCUGUAUCCCUCCUGAAUCACUGCACAUCCCUUGCGGUGAGUGCUCUCACGCAUCCGCUGCCUCGGGGAGAGUCUCCCGUUUUAAGCGCAGCAGCCGAAGCUGCAGCAGGCAAGGGUCUAACUGGAGACAAAGUGCAGCAGCAGCAGCAAGAAGCGUCGGCGGUUUCUGGAGAGGUCUCUAAAACCACUGAAAUCGAGGAGCUGGCUGUGGCAGCGGCUGCAGCAAUUGCUGCGGCAAAUAAGCCUGCUGCUGAAACUGCCGAGACACUCCAGAAGGAGGCUGCAGCAGCAGCAGCUGCUGCGGGAGGUGUUCUCCCCCGUGGCAAGCGGCGAAAGUCUCGCGCUGGCAGUGCUGCGGAGAAUUUAGAAGACUUCUACGACUGGCUGCUGCUGUGGGAGACUCCAGCAGCGUCUCCUGCCGAGAGGUCGUCGCAGUCAAGUGCUGCACCUCCCUUCCCCCUGCUGCAGCCACCCCCUGUAUCGCUGCUGCGGCAGGCAGAGGAGUGGUGCUUGCUAGAAGAUAACCCUCCCCCUAAAAACUAUCUCGAGCUCGGAUUAACGGAAAAGCUGCAGCACAAAUUGAAGGACUACUCCCUAAAGUUGCAGCAAGAUGCAGAUCCAGACAGCGGUGUGGGAGCGGAGGAGGCCAGCGCUGCCAAUCCGUUCUUCGUGAAGCGCAUGCAACGGCUUUUUAAUCUCUUCCACUCUGACAGAUUUGAUCUUUUGCCUCUAAAAGCUACGACGUGCGAGGGGCUUGGCGAGAUUUUAGCCGACAUAGAGAGGGGUGGUGAACCCCGAACACCCCCGAAACGCGACAGCAGUGACAGCAAGGCACGCGUUGCUAGUUCUAAAGAGGCGUCUCCUAAUGCUGCAGGAGCAGCAGCAAACGCUGCCUCUGAAUGCUGCGGCAGCAGCACGGGGUCGUGCACGCCUCAGCAGCACGAGGAAACUCCAAGUGCAGCGUCUGCACUUAGAGAGGCACCUGUAGAGGAUGCGGCUGCCACGGAAGCAACAGCCGCAGACUUGGGGGCGACUUCUGUGCCAGGAAGCAACUCCAUGGACGUGGACGGGGUGGCUCCGGAGAAGCAGCAGCAGGAUUGA